GCGUCCAAUCAGAGUUCAGGUCGAUGACGCUGCAGGAAGUAAACGCGCACUAUUUCCGUCAGGAAGAAAUGGCGGGUGAUGGAGACAGAAUGGAGGAUCUGGAGGAUGGAGAGCUCGAGUCUGAUAACGAGUCUGUGGAGAAGCUCGUGCAGGUGUCGUCAUUGAAAAGCCAAGCUCCCGCAGUGAGCGCCGCAUCAGUCUCGGGGUACCGUAACUCCAUCAACACUGACUCCAGCGACAUUGAAUCCGACUCAGACGAUGAUGCUGUGAUGUGGAGACAGAAACGCCGCAAGUCGUCCAAUGUUCCGCCUCCUGUCGGCAGAGGCCAAACCGCAGCCGGGCCCUUCGCUCGCAAGGUGAACAACAUCUGGGGCUCGGUCGUGCAGGAGCAGAGUCAGGAGGCCGUGGCAGCCGAGCUGGGCAUCAUGGUAAUGGAGGGAGGCGUCAGCAUGAGUAGUCGUCAGAGCGAGACCUACAACUACGUCCUGGCCCGCAAGAUGAUGGAGAAAGAGCGCGAGGAGGAGGAGGAGGAUGUGAAGAGCGCGCUGGACGUGCAUCUGGAGACCUACAUGCAGCAGCGAGGAGAAGCCCAAUCAAACCACAGCUGUCCCAAGAGAAAACGUUCGGCCAAGGAACGAUUGGGGGUGCGGGCCGAAAUGGACUUUAAGGGUCGAUAUGAGCUUACGCAAGACGAUGCUGAAGGCAGAGUGGUGGAUGAGAUAGCACACAGACUGAUGGAGCCCAAGAAAGAUUUAAUUGAGCGAGUGGUGAGAGUGAUAGGAGUAAAGAAAGCCAUCGAGCUGCUGUCAGAGACAGCCACCAUCGAGCAGAAUGGAGGGCUCUACACUAUGGAUGGCAGCAGGAGACGCACACCCGGUGGAGUUUAUCUGAACUUACUGAAGAACACACCCAGCAUCUUGGACAGCCAUCUGAAGGAGAUCUUCCAUGAGGAGAACCAGAAGGAAUACUGCAGCAAAAAAGCUGCCAAGAAGCGAAGAAGGAGAAUCGUAGCAAAGAAGAUGAAGCAGGCCAUAGGCACUCUCAAUCUCCAAGAACACAGCGACGAGUCACGAGAAACAUUGGCUAGCGACACUGAAGAGGCCCUGGUGUCCCUGGAGGAGACCCCGUCAUCAGAGUCUGCGCUGGGAACGGAAGACAACCCUGUCGUUUACAACUCCAAUGAUCUGGAGGUUUUCUAAAGGGCCUGAUGUCUCGGUCAAGAAAAUCGCUCUGAGAGGAAUAUGUUGUUAUGUGAACGCUGAUGUUUCAUUCUUCACAUCUAGUGUGCACUUUAAACUUCUCUAGUGAGUGUUCAAGUGACCAUCAGACGUCAGUGUGAUGCUUGUACAGAUUUUCUACACAAGGUUUUGCCUGUUAAACGUGUGCUUGAUCAAAUGUAAUAAAUUCUUUUGUUUGA